GACCUCGGGAUACAUCCCAUGAAGCUACCUGCCGAUUGCUUCGCGGCCAUCGCCCAAAGGACAAGAAAAUCGCCAGUGCUACGCUCUUUCAGAUCGAUCAACAUUGAUUAUAUACGAUCUUGACCUGAGCGGGGAGGAUUCGCAGGGCUGCGAGUCGAAUGACGAUGGCGGGGAGCGGAGUAUAUAGAUGCGUGUCGAUCACCGCCUUUAUUUCCUUCCUGCUAGCCCUCGCGCUCGUCGUCCCUUCUGUUGUCGCUUUGCCUGCUCAAUUGACGCCCUUUGUUAGUCUUAAGUUCAGUUGGACAAGCGACGCGUCGGCGCAUUCUUCUCCCCCUAUAAUCGUCCCGGAAGCACUGGGGUGCGACGAACCAAGUACGAUGGCUUCUUUCGUAUCCCUCUUUUUCACCUCGCUGGCGACCCUCGCUUCAGCGACAGUUCAAGACCCAAAGGUCUCUCCUAGACCGCCGAUGGGCUUCAACAACUGGGCGCGCUUCAUGUGCAACUUGAACGAGACACUCUUCGUCCAAACCGCGGAUGCGAUGGUGGAGAGGGGCCUACUCGCUGCGGGAUACAACAACAUCAACCUCGACGACUGCUGGCCUGAAACCGAACGCAACUCCAACAACGAACUCAUAUGGAACUCCACGCUCUUCCCGCACGGCAUGCCAUGGCUAGGGAAUUACUUUCACGACCGUGGCUUUAACUUCGGCAUAUACACAAACGCGGGCAACAUGACUUGUGGGUGGUAUCCUGGGUCGCAAGACCACGAGGAGUUGGAUGCGAAGACCUUCGAGUCAUGGGGCGUGGAUUACCUGAAAGUUGACGGAUGCCACAUGGACCUGCAGAACGGGCGGAACUACUACCAAGAAUUCGAGUACCGCUACAAGCUCUGGCACGAAGUCAUGACGACCAAACUCAAGAAGCCCUUCAUCUUCUCACAGUCCGCACCCGCCUACUUCAGCCCCAACUUCCACCUCGACAAGAACAACACCGACUGGUACCGCACAAUGGACUACGUGCGCAAGAACGGCGAGCUUGCCCGCCACUCCGACGACAUCAAAGUGUACGGCAAUAACCCUACAAACACCUUCGAGCCCGGUGGCCACUGGGAGUCUAUGAUGAACAACUACGGUAUGGAGGUCCGCCUCUCGCGCUACCAGUCCUGCGGCUUCUACAAUGACCCGGAUUUCCUGAUCGUAGAUUGGCCGGAUCUUAGUAUGGAUGAGAAGAAAACGCAUUUCGCGCUGUGGAGCUCCUUCUCCGCGCCCCUAAUCCUGAGCGCCUACAUCCCCGAUCUGACAGACGAGGAUAUCGCCUACCUGACUAACAAAGACAUUAUCGCAGUGGACCAAGACGCGCUCUGCGAACAAGCCACCCUCGUCUCUUCGAACAACAUUUUUGACGUGCUAACCAAGAGCCUCGCAAAUGGCGACCGCCUUCUUACCGUCCUAAACCACGGCAACGAAACAACCACAGCCCUCAUCCCCAUCGAGCGUCUCGGCGUCGAUCCUAAGGGGAGCUACAAAGCUAAGGACCUCUGGACCGGUAAAACUAACACGCUCAAAGAUCCCAUCAGUGUCGACCUCCGCAGCCACCAAACAGCCAUCUACCGCGUCUCUAGUGCCAACAACAAACCCCUGUCCAUCACACCCACAGGCCAAAUCUUCAACACCUUCUCUCUCAACUGCCUCACAGCCACGGGUCUCCGUCGCGGACCCAACGUCGACUUUCUCGCCUGCAACGGCGUCAAUACAAAUGUUUGGCAGAUGACAGAUGAGAGCAUGAUUAGUUGCUUGGCGGCGAAGAACAAGUGCCUCACUGUUGACGGGGAGGAUGUGGGACUGGAAGUCUGCGACAAAAGUGAUAAAAAUCAGCGAUGGAGCUAUGGUAUUAGUGGGAAUCUGGUUAGCAAGAAGAACGGCCUAUGUUUGACAGAGGGCGAGGAUGGAGAGGUGCUGGCGGCGAAGUGUGGGGUCGAGUUCAAUAGCCAGGUUUUGGCGUUGCCGGCGGGUGUGAAGUUAGAGAAUUAGAGUAGCUACAGUGAGGGUGAAAUGGAACUCCCUUCGAUCGCCACGCAUAAAGCACAAUCUUCCUUUCGCCCUUCCUAUUAAUACCGCACUCUCCCUGGGACCGCUUUUAGUGUCACUAGGUUGCUUCGCAGGUGAAGAAGUGACGAUGCAGCUAUAGCAUGGGCAAGAAUUUAGUGGUGGUACAACUCACGGCUUUCUCAGACUUGCCAUGCACCUCAAGCCAGCCAAGAACAAGUCAUUGGCCGCUCUGUAAUCGAGACAAGAGCAGUGCUCAACCGUUAAGCUUAUACUCUAAGGGGCGCAGAUUUGGAUUACAUAUGAAGCGCCACGGGCCUAUGCAUUCAUGCAGCGCUUACCAGGCUUGCUACCUCAGGAUACCCUCUAGAGGUAGAAGCUGCCUACUUAGGAGGUCUCAAGGGAAGCAUAGACGUUCGUG